GGAAUGUUACCUUCCCCGAAUCUACAGUUCAAGGAUGACACAAACGAUGCGGCUUUUGAUGAGAAAGAUCCGAGCAAACACCAAGGACGGACACGUUCCUUUCCACACGAACGAGGCAUCUGGGCCAGUUAUGUAUACAUAGACUACAGUGAAUCAGACGGUUGGAUCGAAAUGCAAGACGAAUGCAGAACCGUGCUAAACUCAGCAAAAACGGUCGACUUCAUGCCCAUCGAUCGGAUGCAUCUAAGUCUCUCCAAAACUUUCACCAUCCGGCACCAUAAUAUCGCACCAUUUGUGGAAAAUCUGCGGGAGCAACUCAAGGGUCAUCGACGUUUUCGGCUUGAAUUUUCCGGAUUGGAGGUGUACGUGAAUGAGGAGCGUACUCGCACAUUUCUAGGCGUUCGAGUGAGCGAGGAAGCGUAUGGCACGCUUAAUGAACUUGUCACCAGUGUGGACGAAUGUUUGAGCGAAUAUAAGCUGCCGUUGUACUAUACUGAGCGUGCAUUUCACGUCAGCAUACUUUGGUGUUUGGGUGAUCAAGAAGCAGAAGUUCGUAAGGAAUUGCCUGCACUUACGUCCGUGUUUGAGCGAGUGUACGAGGAAGAGUAUUGUGACAUUAGUCAGUUAGUGAAAAAAAUUUGGUUUAAGUGUGGGAAUAAAAUGUUUCAUUUUGAUCUUAUUUGAA